UUAUAGCUGCAAUGUCUGUAUAACCAAAACAGAGAUCAUUACCAAAAAUUAAAAAGAAAACAAAAACCAAAACCAAAACAGAGGUAGAUGGAAAACAAAUGAAAGAAACUGAAACCAAGUUAAUUAGAAUGGUUUAUUCGACCUUUUCUCUGCUCUUUCAAUUUUUUGUUCUUCUUCAAUUACCAUCUUUGGCAGUUUCAACUUCAACUCUAGACAAAUUUAUACAAUGUGCCUCAGCUCACUCUGUUCUUUCCAUUCCCAUCUCCACAGCCUUUUUCACCCCAAAAAAUUCUUCAUUUACUUCUGUUCUACAAUCUUCUGCACAGAACCUCAGGUUUUUGGAGCCCUCGGUUCCUAAACCGGAGUUUAUUUUCACACCUUUACAUGAAUCUCAUGUCCAAGCUGCUGUUAUUUGUUCCAAACAGCUUGGAAUACAUCUUAGAGUCCGAAGUGGAGGCCAUGACUAUGAAGGCCUUUCCUACGUAUCCGAAAUUGAAAUGCCAUUCAUCCUCGUAGACCUCGGCAAACUCCGGUCCAUCAGUGUUGAUAUAAAACACAACAGCGCUUGGAUUCAAGCCGGUGCAACUAUUGGUGAAGUUUAUUAUAGAAUUGCAGAGAAGAGUAAAAUCCAUGGAUACCCUGCUGGGCUCUGCACCAGUUUAGGCAUUGGUGGGCACAUAACCGGAGGAGCAUACGGCCCAAUGAUGAGAAAAUAUGGUCUUGGUGCUGAUAAUGUCAUCGAUGCUCAAAUCGUGGAUGCUAAGGGAAGGAUUCUUGAUCGAAAAGAAAUGGGAGAAGAUCUGUUUUGGGCAAUAAGAGGAGGUGGAGGAGCAAGCUUCGGAAUCAUUCUUUGGUGGAAGAUAAAACUUGUACCUGUACCAGAAACUGUGACAGUUUUUACAGUUACAAAGACAUUGGAACAAGGUGCUACAAAGCUCCUCCAUAGAUGGCAACAAGUUGUGGAUAAGCUUGAUGAAGAUCUAUUCAUUAGAGUUCUCAUACAAGCAGCCAAUGCCAGCGGCAAUACAACCAACAGAACUGUCUCAACUUCUUACAAUUCUGUGUUUCUUGGAGAUGCCGACAGACUUCUGCGAGUCAUGAAAAAGAGCUUCCCGGAAUUGGGUUUGACAAGAAAGGAUUGCAUUGAAACAAGCUGGAUUGGAUCAGUGGCUUACAUUGCAAGCUUCCCAAAUGGAACUACUACACCAGAGAUUCUGAUUCAGAGAAAUUCCACAUCCAAAUCCUAUUUCAAAGCCAAAUCGGAUUUUGUGAAAAAUCCCAUACCGGAAAAUGGUCUUGAAGGCCUUUGGAAAAGGUUGCUGGAAGAUGAUUUUGCAGGGAUCUUUUGGACACCAUAUGGGGGGAUGAUGAGCAAGAUUUCAGAGUACGAAAUUCCAUUCCCCCACAGAAAUGGAACAAUCUUCAUGGCUCAGUAUGUGUCUCCGUGGAGAGAUGGAGAAAAGAGCCAGGCAAAGCACAUGACUUGGAUUAGGAAGCUUUACAAUUACAUGGCUCCUUAUGUUUCAAAGUUUCCAAGAGAAGCUUAUGUGAACUAUAGAGAUCUUGAUCUGGGGUUUAACAAGAAGAGCAACACAAGCUAUGUAGAGGCAAGUGCUUGGGGUAUAAAGUAUUUCAAGGACAUUAACUUCAAGAGAUUGGUAAGUGUAAAGACCAAAGUAGACCCAGAUAACUUCUUCAGGCAUGAACAGAGUAUUCCCCACAUCUUUUAAUUUGAGAAUAUUACAGAGACAUGAGAAAUGGCUAUAGAUAAUAAAUUUGUAUGAGGCCCUUGUUGCCUUAAUUGGCUUCAUAAUGUAAUAAUACAUUUGAUGAGGAUAGUUAUUUUCUUAAUUAGUUAUGAGUGUUUUCUUUGAAAAAUAAGAAAUUAAAUAACAAAUACAAAUAUUG